GCUCGGGUCCCGCCAGGCGUCUGUCCGCGUUGAGCGGGAGCGGAGCCGGCGCGGCGGGGACAGGCGGGGCCUCGCGGUUGGCGUCCGCCGCGAGCGGCCCCGCGUGCAGCUGCCGGCCCAGGGCCCACGGGCGCUGUUGCCGAUGAGUGUGGCAGGCAGGUGAGGCGGGAGAGCCAUGGCCGGGAAGAGGCCGUUGGGCGCGGGCCAGCAGCACCGGCUGCUGGGGCUGCUGGUGGCUGUCGCCGCCAUCCACCUCAUCACCUGCCCCUAUGCCAAAGUGGAGGAGAGCUUCAACCUGCAGGCCAUGCACGACCUGCUUUACCACCGGCUGGACACGGACAAGUACGACCAUCUCGAGUUUCCCGGAGUGGUCCCCAGGACCUUUCUCGGGCCCCUGGCCGUGGCAGCGCUCUCCAGCCCUGUGGUCUACGUGUUGUCCCUGCUGGAAGUGCCCAAGUUUUACUCUCAACUAGUAGUCAGGGCUGUCCUUGGACUCGGCGUGAUCUUCGGACUCUGGACUUUACAAAAAGAAGUGAGGCGGCAGUUUGGGGCCACAGUGGCAACCAUGUUCUGCUGGGUGACGGCCACGCAGUUCCACCUUAUGUUCUACUGCACGCGGACGCUCCCCAACGUGCUGGCCCUGCCUGUGGUCCUGCCGGCCCUGGCGGCCUGGCUGCAGCUGAGGUGGGCCCGCUUCAUCCGGCUGUCGGCCUUCGCCAUCCUCGUGUUCAGAGCCGAGCUGAGCGUCUUCCUGGGCCUCGCGCUGCUGCUCCUGCUUGGCACCCGGAGGCUGACGGUGGCCAAGGCCCUGCGCUGCGCCCUCCCGGCCGGGGCGCUCUGCCUGGGACUGACGGUGGCCGUGGACUCCUGUUUCUGGCGAUACCUUGUGUGGCCAGAGGGAAAGGUGCUUUGGUACAACACGGUCCUGAACAAAAGCUCCAACUGGGGCACCUCUCCGCUGCUGUGGUAUUUCUACUCGGCCCUGCCCCGCGGCCUCGGCUGCAGCCUGUUCUUCGUGCCCCUGGGCGCCGUGGACAGGCGGGCGCUGGCACUGCUGCUCCUGUCUCUGGGCUUUGUGGCCCUGUACUCGCUGCUCCCGCACAAGGAGCUGCGCUUCGUCAUCUACACCUUCCCUGUGCUCAACAUUGUGGCCGCCCGGGGCUGCGCCUGCCUGCUGAACAAUUACAGGAAGUCCUGGCUGUAUAAAGCAGGCUCCGUGCUGGUGAUCGGACACCUCGCGGUGAAUGCCGCCUACUCGGCCACAGCCCUGUACGUGUCCCACUUCAACUACCCCGGUGGUGUGGCGAUGCACAAGCUGCACCAGCUGGUGGCCCCCGGGACAGAUGUCGCACUGCACAUCGACGUGGCCGCGGCGCAGACGGGCGUGUCUCGGUUUCUAGAAGUGAACAGUGCCUGGAGGUAUGACAAGAGGGAAGACGUGCGGCCCGGGUCGGGGUACAUGCUGGCCUACACGCACCUCCUCAUGGAGGCGGCCCCCGCGCACCUGGCGCUCUACAGGGACACGCACCGAGUCCUGGCCAGCGUCCCAGGCACCACGGGGGUGAGUCUGAACCUGAGCAGGCUGCCCCCCCUCGACGUCAACCUGCAGACAAGGCUGGUGCUCCUGGAGAGACGCCGUGGGCCGUCCUGAGGCCUCAGGGCUCCUCAGUGUCCUGGCAGAUGGGACCGCGUGUGGGACGGUGGGACCCAGGGCACAGGCCCUGCUCCUCUGCAGCCCCGACCUCGCGGCUGCCCCCCGCCCAAGAAGCGCACCCCACAGGAGGUCCGUGAGUCCGCGGGAGGACUCUGCGGGCACAGGUGCGCCUGGUCCGUCGCACAUGGGGCUCCGGGGAUCCAGAGGGGCUGCGAAUAAAUCUACGUGUUUCCUUA